AUGCUGCGCGUUCACGACAAUGCACUACUUCGCACGGUGUCAACACUUCCUGUGCUCAUGGUGGUAGCUAUUGUAAGUCUAGAGUACUUUGUCUUCAUGACAGAGCAUUGGCUUCCUGAAAUCCAACGGUCCGUAGGGUUCUUCGUACUAUUACGGAUACUAGAGGUUGUGCUGUUCCACUUUUUAAUUGGAUGCAUGCUGGUUGCGUACUACAAGGUCGUGUUUACAGACCCUGGAUAUGUCACACCUAUUGUGGUGCAACGCAUUCAAGACGCCAUGCAAGAUGCGAUGGAAGAAGGUGAUAAUACGAGCCAACCAACGAUGACCUUGUGCCGACGAUGCAAUCUGCUCAAACCUUUUCGAGCGCAUCACUGCAGUUUCUGUGAUCGCUGUGUGUUGAAAAUGGAUCAUCACUGUCCAUGGGUCGCUAACUGCGUCGGUGAAGGCAACUACAAGUGUUUCUUUCAUUUCAUCGUGUACGCGUUCUUCGCUUUGUCAAUGUGUGUGAGAGCACUUGCUGGGUCCUUUCAGGCGGCAAUCUUCAGUGAGAAUGCCCCACACAAUGCUGUUAACAACUUCUCUGCUCUGGCUGUUGUCGGAUUUGUACUAGGUGGCGCACUGGCAAUUAGUUUGCUGGGCUUCAUAGCAGUUCAUUCGUAUCUCUUAGUCCACGGUGCUACUACUAUUGAAUGUCACCACUACGGCCGUGCGUUUCCAUUCAACCAGGGAUUGCGAAAGAAUUUGAAGGCUGUCUUUGGAGAGACGAUAAAAGAUUGGCUGUUGCCUACGACGCCAACCCGAAAGCAGCAUUACGUCUUACACCCUGCAGUGCUAGAGCACCUCACUGCUGACAGCAGCUUGGAAGACUGCAUUGACCACGAAGACGAUACUUUACUGUAG